CUUAUCCGACCCGAAAUGGACAAUUCGUGGCUCUGUCCUUCAGCUGGUCUGUCCCUGGAGAAGGGGGUUCAGGAGGACAGUCCUCGCACCUCCCCGGCCUAGGCACCCCCCGUGCCUCCGGGCGUCCCCCCCACCCCCACGGCCCCGCCGCCCGCCGCUUACGGGCCCCGCGCUGUCCGGGCAGCCCGGCCGGCGGACUCCGGAACUGGGGCCGAGCGACGUCCGGUUUCCUCGGGGAAGCUUUAGGCUGCUGCCCGCCCCCGGACUUCCGGUUCCGCCAGCCGCGGUCGCUCGCCAUGGAGGAGCCGGAGAUGCAGCUCAAAGGGAAAAAAGUCACGGACAAGUUCACGGAGAGUGUCUAUGUUCUGGCAAAUGAACCAUCCGUGGCACUGUACCGGCUGCAGGAACACGUGCGCCGCUCGCUGCCAGAACUGGCCCAGCACAAGGCCGACAUGCAGCGCUGGGAAGAGCAGAGCCAGGGAGCCAUCUACACCGUGGAGUACGCCUGCAGCGCUGUGAAGAACCUGGUGGACAGCAGCGUGUACUUCCGCAGCGUGGAGGGCCUGCUCAAGCAGGCCAUCAGCAUCCGGGACCACAUGAACGCCACCUCGCAGGCCCACAGGGAUCGGGUGCUCCCUGCUCUCCUGCCUCGGUGAUCCGCGGGGUGCUCUGAGAACAGGGACAGGCCUGCUCUCGGGGCAACAGGUGAACACGACCGCAGGGCACACUGGCUAGGGCAAAGGCCCCGGGGAUGCGGGCCCUGGGUGGACGCGGAGGCGCUGGCGGGGUCUUCUCCGCCCCUGGGGCCAAGGGAGGGCAAGCCGAGACCCGCCGGCCGGCCUGGGAACGAACGCGCUUCUUCUGCAGCAGCUCUUUGUGAUUGUGUGUUCGCUGUGAUUUAAUAAAGCACGCAUGCGCCACAGUCCCGUGAGCCGUUUAGAAACCAAACGCAGCUGCG